UUCGCAGAUAAAGAUCGGAAAGCUAAAGUUGGCGAGAACGAAGAAGCUGAUUCUUCAUUCCCAUCCAAAACUAUAAGUGCUGGCGACUGGCAAAGAUGCAAGGAAAACACGAAGGCCUGGAAGGCCGCAAGGGACAGAAGACCGCAAGGGGCCAGCGGCUUCACACAGUAGUCUCAUCGCAAUUCGCAAUCUCUCCCGAGCCAUUAUCCUGAAAAGCCAAUAUAUGCCCCAGAACUGGCACGCUUACCUUUGUGCAUCGCUUUUCAACUUGUAGGCGACCUUGAUGAUUCAUUCCGCUUGGGCAUGUGUUCGCGCUUCGAUUCUGGUUCUCCUUAUGGCAAUUUUGGGCGGACCCGCUGACUUCUGCAUUCUAGUGGCCUUCCGUACUCCUCUGCACCUUUGCAAGUAUUACUUACAGGGACCUAUCACCCUGGACCUGUUAAGCCUUGCGUGCACGAUCAUGGGCUCGGACGUACCCACGGGCUGACCAAGCUUCCUCAAAAGCAAUCUGCAGGAGUUCCACCACGAUGCAAUGUAUUGGCCCAGUAUACCC